AUGACUGAAGUUCAGAUUGACAGUUCCUGCCUGCCUCCAGUCCAGGAAGUUUGCCGAGACUUCGCUGUCCUGGAAGACAGCGCGUUGGCCUAUUGUCUGCAAGAACAAGAGAUUGAACUGCAUUACGCUUCUAACAUCCAGAAGAACCAGCUGGUCCAGAACGACCUCCGAAUCGCCAAGAGACUUCAAGACCAGGAGGUGGAAGCACAGAAGCUUCAGGUCUCCAGACGACAGAAAGAAACCAAAGAGAGGGAUCCUGAGAAUGCCCAGGCCAUCCAGAAAGGUCUUCAAAAGAAAAUGGGAAAAGAUUAUCGGAAGAAGGCAAAAGAUCAGCCAUGGUUCAGAGGUGUCCUCGGGAGUAUGGGAAAAAGUAAGAAGGCAGCCACAGUGGUGCAGGUGAAGCCCUACCUGUUUUUUUAUGUGCGUCAAGGCAAAGAGGACAUUGUCUUUGCCGUGAUGCUCUCACCAAGGCAGUCAGAGAAGACCUCCUUUUGGUCCUGCUGCCCCCAAGUGGAGAGAGUCAAGCGGUUUCAGAACUUGGAAAAGGAUGAGAGUCGUCAGCAAAGGCAGAGGCCCAGGCCUUCACAUGGGACAAGAGAUGGUGCCACGGAACCUCUGCACUGGGAGAUGGCUAGACUGGAGCUCCAGACCCAGCAGCAGUUCCAGGAAGAUGAGGAACUGGCCCGGAAGCUGCAAGAGGAAGAAGAGCAGGAGCAGACUCGCAUUAGAGCCAGGAGGAACCGGGAGCAGGACAAUGACUACCGAGCCGCCCAGGUGGCCCAGGAUGAGGAGAUUGCACGGUACCUGCAAGACAAGGAGCUGCACACCCAGUGGGGGUCCCCACGCCAGGACAGGCAGCAGGCCCAGCCCCCUGGGCUCCCGGAGGGGCAAUACAGCUCCAGCCCAGAGAAGGAGUCAUGGCAGAGUAGCAGAACUCCACCCCUGCUCAGAAUCCAGACCCAGGAGAACACAAAUGUGACCGUGAGAGGGAGCUCCACAGAGAAAAAGCCACCGUUUUGCCGAAAUAUUGCUGAAGUUCUGGAUCCAACUUUUCAAGCUGCUAAAAUGGGAACACCCUCUGAUGUGAUGGAUCUUGGUUCCCAAGCCUCCAGCCCAGGACCCCUGGCCCAGAUGGACAGUUCCUUCGACUACCCGCAGGGGGUUGCAGCCCCUGUCUUUGUCUCCCCAACCAAACGACAGCCAGAAAAGGUGGGCUGCCCGAAAUCCAGCAACAAAAAGGAAGGCUGCAGGCAGCAGUGA